CAAAGCUGGCAAGAGAUUUUUCAACCCAAAAGCUUCUGCAGACAUGGCUAACAAUUACUGUGUUAGCUUCCUGCUGUUCUUCACUGCACUGAUUUCUCUACUACCCAAAUCUUACCCAGAGUCCACAAAUCAGUAUAGUGAUGAACACCAAAUCCUUCUGGGACUCAAGAGAUACUGGGGGAGCUCAACUGUGCUUGGCAGAUGGAACUCCAUUUCCUCUGACCACUGCAGAUGGGGAGGACUUACAUGCACAAAAGGUGAGGUCACUGCCAUCUCCCUUCCACAGCAAACCCUUAUGAAACCAAUCCCACCGUCCCUUUGCCUCCUCAAGAAUCUUGCCUACUUGGACCUCUCCUACAACAACUUCUCCACUUCAUUCCCUACAAUACUCUACAAUUGCUCCAAUCUGAAGUACCUGGACCUUUCCAACAACGCCUUUGGUGGGAAACUCGCAGCUGACAUAAACAGUUUAUCAGCAAAGCUAGAGCAUCUCAACUUAUCAAGCAAUCGCAUCAUGGGCGAAAUCCCACCAUCCAUUGGAUGGUUUCCAAAGCUCAAGUCACUGAUCCUCGACACCAAUCAAUUUGAUGGAAGCUAUCCAGUACAGGACAUAAGCAAUCUAGCCAACCUCGAGAUGCUGACUCUGGCGGACAAUCCAUUUCUGCCAGCUCCAUUCCCAGUUGAGUUUGGUAUGAACAUGACAGGUGAGAUACCUGAGAGCGUAUCAAGCCUCACAGAGCUCAGCCUCUUGGCCGUGACAAAUAAUAUGCUGCAAAGCACAAUUCCGACAUGGGUAUGGCAGCAUAAGAAGCUUCAGUACUUGUACAUGUUUAACAACGGUUUGACAGGCGAGAUUUCAUCCAGUGUCACAGCCGUAAACUUGGUGGAGCUUGAUGUGUCCUCAAACAAUCUAACAGGGUCAAUACCAGAUGACUUUGGUAAGCUCAUCAACCUUACCCUGUUGUUUCUCUACACGAAUCAACUUCAUGGGUCAAUACCGCCAAGCAUUGGGUUGCUGCCGAAUCUCAGAGACAUCCAGCUAUUUGAGAACAUGUUAACUGGUUCUCUUCCACUAGAGCUCGGAAGGCACUCACCGCUAGUCAAUCUUGAAGUCUGCGACAAUAACCUUUCUGGUGAGCUGCCAGCUGAUCUUUGCUUCAACAGGAAAUUAAAUGACAUCGUUGUGUUCAAUAAUAACUUUUCUGGAAAGCUUCCAGAAUCGCUAGACGGCUGCUAUCUGUUGAACAAUUUAAUGUUGUACAACAAUCAUUUUACUGGAGAGUUCACCAAGAGUAUCUGGUCAGUGGUGAAAAAUCAGCUAACGACAGAUAUGAUCCAAAACAACAAUUUCUCUGGGACCUUUCCUACCCAGCUACAAUGGAACUUUUCACGUAUUGAGAUGAGCAACAACAGAUUCUCUGGUCCCAUUCCAACUUUAGCAGGCAAAAUGAAAGUAUUCAGGGUAGUAAAUAACUUGCUUUCUGGCAAAAUUCCCUGGGAUUUGACGGGCAUUUCACAGGUAGAAGAGCUUGACCUUUCUGGAAAUCAAAUUAAUGGAUCGAUACCCAUGGCAAUUGGAGUGCUAAAGCUCAAAGCACUUAAUCUAAGUGGAAAUCAGAUAUCUGUUGGUGGUUUCUUGCUAUUAAAGAGGAAAAAGAAUAGCCAAGAUCAUCUAUCGUGGAAGCUGACCCAGUUCCAUGCACUGCAUUUCACAGAGUAUAAUGUUCUUUCUGGGCUCUGUGAGAUGAACUGGAUUGGAAGUGGCAGGUCUGGCAAUGUGUAUCGAAUUUGUGUUGUGGAUGGAGAAGGUGGUAGUAGAAUGGUGGCUGUUAAAAAGAUAUGGAACGCGCAAAACCUUGACAACAAGCUUGAGAAGGACUUCCUUGCAGAGGUCCAGAUAUUGGGUGAGAUCCGGCACACAACAAGUUGCUCUGCUGCAUCUCAAGCUCAGAGGCAAAGGUUCUUGUCUACGAGUACAUGGAAAACGGUAGCUUAG